AUGGAUGCAAACGACACUAUUGUGGACUCAAACAUAAACCUCCUUAUAAAUUCAAUUCACCCUGCAGAGAAUCACCAUCGGCUCUCAAACCCAGCCUUGUCAGUCCCGUCUAUCAACUCAACACCUACACCAAGCUUAAACUCAAACUCAAACUCAAACUAUAUGCAUGCCCCUGCCAUCUUAGCCACUCCAAAGUCAGGUCCCCAAACCUCUAAUAAUGUUCCACUUCUCUCUCCCUUCUCCUCAUUAAGUGAUGCAAAUCAAAACUUAUACCAAAAUUCAUACCAAAACUUAAAUCAUAACUUAAAUCAAAACUUAAAUCAAAACUUCAACCAGAACUCACACUCUCAUAGACCAUCGAUGGACUUUUCCAAAUCACCCCUUUCAUUGCCUCAGUUCUCAUCCUCAUUUCCUAAUGCUCCCCUUAACGCAGAGUCUCCAUUCACACCAUUGUCCCCUUAUAACUAUGACACAAUCAACAACUAUACCCUGUCAAACAACUUUGCUAACAAUCUCCAUCUGAAUAACUAUAAACCAAACUUACAUUUGCAUAAUAGAUCGGCAUCACUACCAGUUAAUAAUGUCUUCACAUUAUCCACCUUGAAUACUUUCCCAUCAAUCUCAGCCUCUCCAGUGAAAUCCAACGAUUUCUCCUCCUUUAAUAUCCACGAUUUCUCCUUACCUUCCAUAAGGGAUAAUGCAAAUGACUCCGUCGAUACCCAAUCAAUAGAACAUCAACUGAGUACCUUAUCCAUAGAGAAUUCGGCUGCUUACCCAAACACUAGAAGAAAUACCCUUUUCUCAAACGCCUCGAUCUCCUCUGUUACAACAUCAAACUCAAACCACACCACCAAUUCAGCCACCAAUUCGACCACCAACUCAGCCACCAAUUCCAAAAUUAACUCUAAAACCAAUGCCAAUGCCAACUCUAAUCCCAAAAGAUUGCCAGAUGUUCCUCAACCCCAGCCAAAGAGUUUGUCGUGUUUACCUACAACAAUCGACCUACCUAAAUUAUCCUCUGAGGAAAUUAUCAAUCUAUCAAAAGAUCAAAAUGGUUGUAGAAAAUUACAGAAAUUGAUUGAUGAUGAUGUCUCCAAGAAUAUGCCCAUCAUCUUUAACGCAACAUAUAAAAACUCAACCUCUUUGAUGAUGGACCCAUUUGGAAACUAUUUAAUUCAAAAAUUAAUGGUCCAUGCAUCCCCAUCUCAAUUAUCUUUGAUCAUUAUUGACAUUUCUUCCUCAAUUGAUUCUAUUGCAACAAAUUUACAUGGCACUAGAGCUUUGCAAAAAUUAAUCGGUUGUUUAACAUCAGAAAAUCAUCAUGAUUUGAUCUCAAGGGCAAUCGAACCUGUUGUGGUUCCUUUAGUUCAUGAUAUGAAUGGUAAUCACGUUAUUCAAAAAUUAAUCUCUCAUUACUUUGAUGAAGAUUUGGAUUUCUUGGUUGAGUUGGUUAUAACUCAUCUACUGGAAAUUUCAACCCAUAAACAUGGGUGUUGUGUUUUACAGAAGCUACUAAAUAAAUGUUCAAAUAUCCAAAUAGAAAAAAUUAGUAAUGAGAUAUUGUCAAACAGUAUUUACCUGAUGAAGGAUCAGUUUGGUAAUUAUGUUAUUCAAUAUUUGAUUUCCUUAAAUAUAGACUCUAUUAAUAUCCAGUUGUUAAAUUUAGUUGCUAAUGAUAUCAUACCUUUAAGUUGUGGCAAGUUUUCGUCAAAUGUGGUUGAAAAAUGUCUUAAACUCAAUCCUUCAAAUCUACAAAACAGUUCGGCCAUCCAUCCUCUAUUGGCAUCUUUGAUUAAUGCACAUACUUUAGUUUCUCUAAUCAAGAACCAAUAUGGUAAUUAUGUCGUUCAGACAGCGUUGGAAAUCUCAGAUUGGCAAAUCAAAUGUGUUAUGGCUGAAAUGAUCCGCCCAAUCUUACCUAACAUCCGAUACACUAAUUACGGUAAGAGAAUUUACACCAAAGUCGUCUCUAUAUUGAAUGAACUCGAUAAAAGGAGGAACGAUACUGGCUUACUUCUACCACCUAUUAACUUUAAUAGUUGA